GGGGCGGAACGACGCUCCUAGCCCAGGGGGAGUGCAGCCUAAGGCUGGUUCGAAUCGAGUUUUGGGCGGCGAGUGGGGGAAGGACUGACUGUCAGAGUUGGGGGACAAACUCUCCCUCCCAAGAGGUGCAAGAGGACGGGGUUUAGGCUGGAAGAGCCUUAGAGGAGCCAUUUUCCAGGUAGAACUAGAAAAUUAUACAGAAGUUGCUCAUUGAGGACUCAAGGAAGGUGAGGAGGUUUGGAUAAGAGUUGUAGGCCUUGGGGAAAUCCUGGACAAAUGAGAAAUGAUGAAAAGAGGAUUCACUGAUGGUGAUGGGAGCCAAGCUGAAGUUCUAUGGCUAACUGAUUUGGUUCUAUGUGAACCAAUGGAGCUUUAUAACAUCUUGAAUCAGGUCACAAAACUAUCCAGAUUGACAGAACCCAACUAUCUCUGUUUAUUGGAUGUGCGUUCCAAACAGGAGUAUGAUGAAAGCCAUGUGAUUACAGCCCGUCGAGUGAAGAAGGUAGCCAAUGAAUACCUUAUCCCGGAAUCUGUGGAUCUAGAGUGUGUGAAGUACUGUGUGGUGUACGAUAGCAAUACCAGCUGCCUGAACCUAAUCCUAAAAGAUGACAGUGACAACUCUGGCAGUAGUAGAAAUGAUCAGUUUGCUGGAGGAACUGCCAUUGGAUGUGGCAAAGCCAUAGCCCACCUCACCCGCUAUCCUGUUAAGAUCCUGAGAGGAGGCUAUGAGUCCUUCUCAGCCAAGUACCACUUCUUCCGGACGCAGAAGAUCAUCUGGAUGCCACAGGAAUUGGAUGAAUUUCAGGCAUAUCCUGUUGAAAUAGUGCCAGGAAGGAUCUACCUGGGUGAUUUCAGGCAAGCCUGUGAUCCUAAAAUUCAGAAGGAUUUGAAAAUCAAAGCACAUGUCAAUGUCUCUAUGGAGACAGGACCAUUUUUUGCAGGUGAUGCUGACAAGCUUCUGCACAUCCAGAUAGAAGAUUCCCUGGAAGCCUUCAUUUCCCCCUUUCUGCGCCACCUCUGUCACUUUAUUGAUAUCCACCUUGAUCUUGGCUCUGUCAUCCUGAUAUUCUCCACCUUGGGCAUCAGUCGCAGCUGUGCGGCCAUCUUGGCCUACCUCAUGCACCGGAACGAGCAGACCUUAAAGAAGUCCUGGGAAUACGUCAAGAAGUGCAAAAACAGCGUGCGCCCAAACCAGGCUUUAGUGGCUGAGCUAUCACAAUGGGAGGCGAUUGUUCUCGGAGGCCUUGUCACAGAUACCACAGUUGCAUUCUCCUGAUCUCUGUGGCCUGAAGAACUGUGCUUGGGAGCUUCUUGUGGGUAGUGGGCUGGGAUGUGUAACCAGGUUGGUGUGGAAAAGGCCUUUGCUACCUGGA